AUGUCCUCAUUCUUGACAUCCAUCCAAGAAUCAGCCCGUGGGUUCCUCUGCAGUCUUUCUGCCAGUAUCCGCCUCCGGUCUCAUUCCCUCUUCAACUCCUCACGGUCAUCAAAUGAAUCUCAUGCCUCCAAUUUACCCUAUAAAUCAACUGUCAUUGAUACCGCCAGCAAUUUGGGUCAUCCUUCAAUUGACAAAACCGCCCAGCAACCAUUGAAAUCCAUACCGGCAACUCUGCCAGUGAUCCGUGUCACAGAGAACCUCAUAGAUGGCGACUUUGAGCUGCAGAUGCCGAGCAAACAGAGAUACGAGUCCGAAUUUUCCUACCAAUACCAAAGUCGAAACAGCAGCAGUAGUACCCUUUUUAUCAGAUCGAGCACAAACAUCAGGCAGAAUAAUCUUAAAUCGAUACCAUUAUCCAUACAGCAACAACCGACGCCAACGUCGCCGCCACUGCAACAGGAACAGAAAGAACAGAACCUACCAUCACAGAAGAUGUCAAUGGCGCAACAAGAGCUUCAGAGAGGCCAAGGGCACCGAGGGUCGUGGGAAAAGGGAGUUGAAGGUAUUGCUGACACGGUUACUGCCCUCUCGAUCCCCGCCUCAUUGCGCUCCGUGUCGUUGGAGCCGUCAAGCCUUCUCGUCCUACAUAGCACCCCCACCCUCGCUGUUCACACUGAUCCAUGUUAUGGCGGCCAUAAGGCUGCAAAAGUCACACCUGAGGCUAUCACCGAGAUUGAGGAUGCAGCCCAGGUCGAGAUGGAGGUUCUCUUCCCUGCAAACAACAGUGAUGCCACACAAGGCAAGAUACUGCCUGACACCGUCCUCAUCCAUGACCUUCCCGAGUAUUUCCCAGACGAUGGCUUUGGCCGUAACUCUAGGCGAUACGAGAAGUAUGCCAGGCUCCGGCUCGUCGCCCUGAGAGAGCACCAGCAGGCAUUGGUUCGAUUGCUUGGCGAGCUUUUGGACACCGACAACCUAUACCGCCUGAGCCAGGACCGACUCCUUCCCCCUGUGUCAACCGCCUGUCCGCAUGAUCGAAUCCAAGAAUCCGAGACCGGAUCCUCUCGAAAUCAAUGCGCUUGCCAUAUACGCCGAGUUCAUCGCCGCCAGAAACGUGAAACUGCCGUUAGUGGCUACCAGAAGGCGAUACUUGACCUUUGGCAGACCGACCAGAACCUGUGCUAUUGGUUGAGCCGAUACAUCAGGACUACUCGUCGUGUUGGCCGAUCACUUGACUUCAUCCUCACAUCGACCGGAGAUUCGAAUCCUUCGACUACGGCAAUAGCCCCAUUGGACCAACACAAGGUCGGGUCUAACAAUGGAGUGUCGAAUCCGGAGCUGGAGAGAAUGGGUAUUCUGCAGUCGAGGCUACUGAAUUACGUUGCUUGCCCUGCCAGCUGUACCACAUCUUACGUAUCGACGACAUUGCCGCCCGCUGAUGAGCUCCUGAAGGAAAGAUGCGCAUCCACUUCGAGGUCAAAGUCUCGUAGUAAUGGCAAGACUGUACCCCAGUCAACUCAGUCAGCAUUGUCAAGCAUUACCGAGGUGAAAGAGGCUUCUAUGUCUUUUAAGAAGCCGACUAACGAUUUCGCGCGCGACCCUGCACAACAGUCUUUCUCGCCAGCUGAUGAAUCCGCACCUCUAUCUCAACAGUCCAUGGCCCUAGAUGCCUCUAUCCCUAUCUCUGUCGCUAUAAAAGACAUCCCUGUCAUCCCUGCCAUUGUCUCCAAACGUAUCGUUGUCAUGACAUCAAGGAGUAUCAUGGCAUCGUUACCACUCUCGCCUCUACUGCCAGCUCCUUCGACGCCACCGCCAGCUGUACCUGCACCAUCGCCCCCAAGACAAUAUGGUACAUCUCCAUCUCCAAAUCUAUCGGCCACGAUUCAACACCCUCGGUCUGCACCAGUGCAUACUCCAUCCCAAUCUCAACAGCCAGUGCAAAGACAAGAGAUGCGACAGAUAACAACAUCAGGCAGAGUACGAACGUGCUUUCGGGACCUUGACGAGUUCGAGACUGCAGUCUUUGUGGGCUUCCAUAUGCAGAGUCUUCAAAAGACGAACGAGUUCUUGCACCAGUUCAACAAAGAGGCGAUCCGGUCCCGCAUCAUGACUGAGAGAUUCAAGAUCGCACGAGAUAUGUACGAGCAUCGCGUGAUGGGUCGGCCGUGGAAGACACAGCAGCGCAAGAAGGAGCUCCUUCGGACAAAGUGUUCCAGCAAUAAUGUUUAA